AUGUCAUCACUUAUUUCCAAAACUAUUAAGUACGACCCAGCGAAGGAUAAAUUAAUCACAUUAGCAUGUGGGUGCUUUUGGGGUACAGAGCACAUUUAUAGGAAGUACUUGAAUGACCGUAUAGUGGAUUGUAAAGUAGGCUAUGCUAAUGGGGAAGAGUCUAAAAAGGAUAGCCCUUCUAGUGUCUCGUAUAAAAGAGUCUGUGGCGGUGAUACGGAAUUUGCGGAGGUUCUGCAAGUAUCCUAUAAUCCCAAAGUGAUAACUCUGAAAGAAUUAACGGAUUUUUUCUUUAGAAUCCAUGAUCCCACCACAUCUAAUUCACAAGGACCUGAUCAGGGUACGCAGUACCGUAGUGGAUUGUUUGCUCAUUCAGAUGCGGAUUUAAAAGAAUUAACUAAAAUAAAGGCAGAAUGGCAACCAAAAUGGGGUAAUAAGAUUGCCACAGUUAUUGAGCCAAUCAAGAACUUUUACGAUGCUGAAGAAUACCACCAGCUGUACCUGGAUAAGAAUCCACAGGGGUAUGCAUGCCCUACUCAUUAUUUAAGAGACAUUUAG